CCCCCCUGGUAAAUAUAAACAAACCCUCGUGACUUGCGCUGGCCGCGGUCCAUGGCCUGAGCAGCCACAGCCUAACCAGCCCCAUAAAACACCCAAGAAGAAGAAGCAGCCCCCUGAUACACUGAAGAGGAGGAGACCAACCCCUCCCCCUCACUGGCUGUUAUGGACGAGUGGCGUACGUGGCUGUCUUGGUCCACUCGCCCCGCUGCUGAGUCGCUCACAAUGGGUCAGCGGGUCGUCCUGGCUCUGCUGGUGCUGGUGGCGGGGGUCAAGUGCAGGUCAGGUCAGCCUAACGUCCUGCUGAUCAUCGUGGACGACCUGCGGCCUGCCCUGGGGUGCUACGGGGACACCCUGGCCUUCACACCACACGUGGACGCCCUCGCCUCCCACGGCACAGUGUUCACGAGAGCCUAUGCGCAGCAAGCCCUGUGUGGUCCGAGCCGUACAUCCUUCCUCACCUCGCGACGGCCAGACACGACGCGCCUGUACGAUGUUCACUCCUACUGGCGUCGGCAUGCUGGGAACUUCACCACCCUGCCACAGUACUUCAAGGAGCACGGAUACCACACCGCGGCGGCCGGCAAGGUCUUCCACCCGGGCAUUGUUAGCAACCAGAGCGACGACCAACCCUACAGCUGGUCCGAGACGCCUUACCACCCCCCGACGCAGGCCCACAAGCAGGACCCGGUCUGCCUCGGCGCGGACGGCUCCCUGCACACCAACAUAUACUGCCCCGUUAAGGUAUCGGAUCAGCCCGGUGGAUCACUUCCGGAUAUUGAGACCACUCGCCACUCCACCGCCUGGCUAGAGGAGUGGGCUGAGAGGGAUGAGAGGGCCACCAACGGACCCUCUCAGCCCUUCUUCUUUGCUGUCGGGUAUCACAAGCCACACAUCCCGCUCAAGUUUCCCAGAGAGUUCCUUGAGCUCUUCCCAAUCGACACGGUGCCUCUCGCCCCCAACCGCUGGCUUCCGAAGGGGCUGCCAUCCGUUGCCUGGAACCCCUGGAAUGACCUGAGGAGCCGUGAGGACAUAGCCGCCCUCAACGUGUCCUUUCCCUAUGGUCCAAUGCCUGAUUUCUAUGCUAGGUACAUCCGGCAGGGUUACUACGCAGCGAUGUCGUACACGGACUCUCUCAUCGGCGACCUGCUGGCUACAGUUGACCGCUUGUUCCCGGACACAAUUGUAGCAUUUAUAGGAGACCAUGGCUGGUCACUCGGGGAGCAUCAGGAGUGGUCCAAGUUCAGCAAUUUUGAGGUGGCGACGCGCGUCCCCUUCAUCAUCAGGAACUGGAGGAGGGCCGAGGCUAAUGUAUCCUUAUCCACACCUCAUGCUCAGACAACGCCCCACACUCCACCACGGAGACGGACCAAGAGAAGCUCCGCACGGCCGGGGGUGGAGUACAGCGGCCUGGUGGAGCUGGUGGACCUCUUCCCGACCCUGGUGGACCUAGCUGGACUGCCGGCCUUGGAACAGUGCCCCAGCGACUCACACAAGGUCCAGGUCUGCACGGAGGGAGUCAGCCUGAGUCGGAUAGUCAACACAAACCAGCAGGAGAUUGAAAGAGAAGCAGAGAUCAAGAAACAUGGCAAAGAUAGGGAAAGUUUUGGCGCCAGUAAUGUUGAAAGUAAUGCGAUUUUAAGCCAAAACACAAAUUUUGACCAUACGAUGAAAAACAGACUUAUGCCGCCCAAGGAAAGGAACCGAAAUAUCAAAACCAAAACAGCCGCCUUCAGCCAGUACCCUCGCCCAGGCCCUAUACCCUCAAAAAACCCCGACAGCGACCAACCCCACACCAGCGACACCACCAUCAUGGGCUACUCCGUCAGGACCGAUCGCUUCCGCUUCACGGCCUGGCUAAGGUUCGACAACAUUACGUAUCGACCUGACUGGGACCAUAUCGUAGCGGAGGAGCUGUACGACCACAAGAUUGACCCCUCGGAAGAUCGUAACUUGGUAGGGAAGGGAUCGUAUGCGCGGAAGAGGAAGGCUUUGUUUGGGGUCUUGCGUGGAGGGUGGAGGAGUGCGGUGAGGUGGAGGUGACUGUGUGUGUGUGUGUGUGUGUGUGUGUGGAAGAGAGAGAGAAGGAAGGAAAAGAAGAGAGAAAGGAAGGAGUUAUGAGAGAGAGAAAAAGGAGAGGAAGAAAGAUAUGAAGGAGAGAAGGGAAGCAAAAGAAAUAUUUAUAAGGAGAGAAGAGAGGGGAAGGGAAGAGGAAGGGAGAGAGAGAACGAGAGAGCAAAAGAAGGAUAUGGAAGAGAGGACGGAAGAAGGAAGGGAAGGAAAUAUAUGGAAGGAGAGAAAAGAGAAAGAAAGAUGGAGUUAUGAGAGAGAAAAGGGAUAGGAAGAGGAAGAGAGAUAUGGAAGAGAAGAAAGAAGGAAGGGAAGGAGAGAAGAAAAUGUGUGUGUGUGUGUGUGUGUGUUAAGAGAAAACUGUAAUGUAAAUAAAAUUGUCAUAUACAUUUC